UUGCCGAUGUUUAGAAUAAGAAAAACACUGCUCUAAAAAGUAAAAUUCAACUUGGUACCUGCCGUUGCACCUCUUUUAGUGCGCCGUUUCAUGGUUCAUUUGCUUGAAUAAUUUGCAUAUAGUUUGAUGUGCUCUCCUGGGAUUAAAGUCACAACGAUCCAAACGCUUAGUAAAUUUUAGUUUUUUUUUUUGCUGUUAGUUCGCAUGUUGAUCAGUGGUUAAAUUCGGAGUGUGAUUUUUCUUAUUAAACUUUGACGUAAUUUUAACAUCAAACCAUGAAAUUUCAAAAUCGUUGUGUUCUUGUGGAAAGUGUCAUUGCGUAUUUAUUCAACAGUGUUAACAUCUUUAAUCGUAAAUUAUUAUCUAAAUAAUCGUUCUCUUUUUCAAGGCCAAAUCGUUUUGAAAGCGAAUGGUAGCAACUUAAAGCUUCACUUAAAGUUACUUUUAUUUUAUUAUGUGCCUUGCUGCUGUUAUAUUAGUGUCAUUAUUGGCAACCUUCCACCACUGCUGAUAAUUAGGGAAUCAUUUCGUUAAAAAGAAAAAAAAAGAAAACAACAAGAAGGGAUAACAUGUGAACUGUUAUAAUUUUUUUUUCCUUCCUGUUAUCAAAAAGGACCUAUCCUCCAAAGACAAUACAUUUAAAACAUAAUUUUAACGAAAAAUGAUUUUCAUAUCCUUCUUGGUACUUCCUCUUUUGACAAGCCCAUGUAUUGAGGCGUUCAAAAUUUUGGUUUUUUAUCCUUUCCCUUCUCACAGUCAUCAAAGUGCGAUAAUGGCUUUAACAGAAAGAUUGGUCAGGGAUGGUCAUGAGCUUUUCGUUAUAAGUCCAAAUGUUGUGCCUGGCUUGACAGGACACGUGAACUACACCCACGUUGACCUUUCAUUUUCCUACCAGUACAUCCCAGAUGAAAAUAACGCGGAAGAUGCCGGCGUAAAUUUGCAGCGUAUAUGGUCAAAAUGGGAACUACCGUUGCUAUGGAAGGCUCUGGCUAGAAUUGCAAGGAAACAACUUCAGAGUGAGACAUUUUUGCAGUUUGAUAGGCGGGUUGCAGCAGAGCGAAUCAAUUUUGACCUCUUUAUCGUAGAAUUUUACUACCUUCCGUUUUCUUGCGCAAUUCUACGGAAUUACACAAAAUCGGCUCCUAUCAUCACCUUGUCAUCAAUGCCAACCGAUUUCUUAACUGAAGAAACCCUUGGAAGCUAUGAACACCUAUCGUAUUCGCCUUCCCUCUUCAGUGACUACACCGAUAGAAUGAGCCUGUUGCAAAAACUGGACAAUUGGAUUUCACAUUACUACAUUGUAUCCAAAUUGAAUGAAGAGCUGGACAUCUCCGUGAGACGGCAUUGUAAGGAGGCCUACGGCCCAGAAUACGAAAUGAUUGCAGAUGGCUGCAAAUCGCGAAUAAGUUUGUCUUUGAUUGCAUCCAACGCAAUGUACGGCUUCCCGCGACUUUUGGGUCCUAACGUCAUCGAAACUGGUCCGCUACAUAUAAGAAUCCCCAAGGAGUUGCCACAGGAUUUACAAAACUGGUUGGAUGGCGCCGAAAAAGGUGUAAUCUAUUUCAGUCUCGGAUGCAAUCUAAGAGGAAAAUCUUUGAACGAAGAUGUUCGAGCCAACUUUUUGAAAGUUUUUGCACAGCUCCAGCCUCUUGGUUACCGAGUUCUGUGGAAAUGGGAAUUGGACGAGAAAAUUCCUGGACAAUCCAGCAAUAUUUUGGCGCAAAAAUGGAUUCCUCAACAAAGUGUACUCGCUCAUCCAAAAAUCAAAGUCUUCAUCACGCAAGGUGGGCUUCAAAGCUUCCAAGAAGCGGUCCACCAUGGUGUUCCAAUGGUGGGGAUCCCUUGGUUUGUCGAUCAGGGGUUCAAUGUUGCCAAAAUGGUGGAUGCAGGCAUUGGAGUUAAGUUACUGCCUAAAAACCUUCACUCAUACGAGGAUAUCAAGUUGGCGCUUGAGACAGUCUUGCACGACAAAAAAUAUUCUGAUAACAUGAAGAGACAUUCAGCGAUAUCUCACGACCUCACUUCUCGAGCCAUGGACCGAGCAGUAUUUUGGGUUGAGCAUGUAGCCAGACAUAAAGGAGCAUCGCAUUUGAGGCCGUCAGCUGCUGACGCCUCUCUCUUCGAGUUUUUCUGCUUCGACAUUAUCUCAGUCAUUUUAUGUUUCGGUCUUACAAUUGUAUACUUUUUAUUCAAGUUACUAGUUGGUAUAGUUUUUAAAAAAAUUGGGACAAAAAUAAAAUUAUCAUGAUACUUUGUUCACGAUGUUACCAUGGCUUUGAAAAUAA